AUGUACAAGAGAAAGGUACUUGAGAUAAACGGCGAUUAUGCUCAAAUCUCUUUACCCAUCGUGAAGUUUCCUCCCUUCAAAUUGCGAGCAGCGCUGAUCGAGAAGGAUCCCGUCGUUUGGUUACACUGCAUAGAGACUUAUGUUACUUAUAUGGAGUAUCUUCUAUUUGAGAACAAUGUGGAAAAGAUUGAUGACCUGACCUACAAUAACCUUUGCAUAUUUAUCAGGAGCUAUCUGCACGAAAUGGCUGGAGAAAGGUCGAGAUUACUAAGUCUUGGUAUGAAUCACGACGUAGCCGAGCAACUCAGCAUAUUGAAGGAACUAAUUCUGACUCUGAUAAAAAAAUGUGGCCUACUGCAUUUACAAAUCUAUGGAGAAUCACUAUGGGAUUUAGUAAAAGUUUAUGUUGAUGAUAAUGAUACACAGGUUAGAUCACUUUUGGAUGGAUCUGUCAGACCAUCAAUUAAUACACAGAAAGUACAACGGAAUAGAAUACCGCAAGUCCAGCAGUACCUUAAACAACUGGUGGAAUCGGGCAUGUUCAAUAGGAUUGAUUUGAAAUCAUUUGAGAAUCUACUUAGUGAAAAGCCAUUAAAGGCUAGUAAGUUUGGUAAGCGGUUUCUCAAUGCAGCAUGGUUGGAGACUUUGGAAGUUUGGUGGGCCAAAGGUCAAGGGAAAUUCAGCUCAAUUGCAAGAGAACUGGAAACGGUGACUCUUCUAUCUGCCUCGGCAGAGGAUAUCGUCGAAGUAAGCAAAGAAUUGGGUAUAAGUAGUGUGGACACAUUGAGUCUAUAUCCAUUACUUGGCUGUUUCCUUAUCGAUGAAAAGUUUCAAAGCAUGUCACCAGGUUUAUCUGGCCUACUUCCUCACUUUCAUCUCGCAUUGCAGGACGAAGAAACGAACGAUGAAUCUUCUUACAUUACAGAGGAAUCGUUAGUAGCCAUGGGGGAACUCCUCCCUUCCUUAUCCAAAGACCAAUUGACACAUCUUUUGCAGAAGUUUGAAGGCAAUGCUGAAUUGGCUACAAACGCUGUUUUUGAAGAUCCAACCUUAAUUGAUGCAAUAGCGAGGGAAAUUUCCACUGAAGGAAGACCGUCAACAGACGAAGAAAGUGAUGGUGCUGAAGAAUUGGAGUUAAGUGGUCAUACAGCUGCAGCCUUUGAGAAUGAUUCAAACAAAGUUGUCAGAAAGCAGGUACCUGAUGAGCUAAGAAACAAAACUUUGACAUGGGCAAUGCAACUGAUGUAUCAGGCCGACGAGGACGAACGUGACGACACUUACGAUGAAGCAGAAGUGUCGCAUUCCGUGGGUAAAAUAUCAUUGGAGGAUAGUGGCGAAUCUUCAUCCAUAGCCGCUACUAGCUCAACACUAUCCAACUAUGAUAACAUCGAAAGAUACUUGUGGGAUUUGUUGAAGCAGGAUAAGACCCUGUUUGAAAGGUCAAAGAGAGGUAGCAAGGUGAGGAAGGAUAUGAAGAAGGACACAACAUGGUCUGAUGAGCAAAUUGAAGGGUGGGCUCGAAUGUUAGAAAGAUCGCCACAACGUGCUAGGAUCUUGGAAGAGAAGUACAUGUUCAGAGGGAACGUUAAAACUGGUAAGAGGGCUUAUGUGAAGAAAGAGCAGCAAAAUGACGACAACAGCCAGGCCAAGAGAGAACAGAAACCUAGCAGGCCAACUAACACCAACAGCCAGAAGCCGGCUGAUAAGAAAAGACAACAAGCUAGGAAUGAGAAGAAAAAGAGUUCUCGUGCUAAUCACAAUAGGAAAGCGGGACACGACAAGAAGCUAUCAAAAGCUGGGGUAUAA